GAAACACGCGGCUCAAUUGUCUAGUGUACAGAUAUCCACGCCCGUCCACUCACAACGACACCUUCAUUGAAAACGAUUCUCCAGAAACACUUCUUCGUCAUCACUCGUUGUUCGAUCCUUCGACCGUGGAGAAUCAAGAGCGCGCUAUACCCACCGCCCCAAUCCAACCCUCGCGAAAACGCCAUUCUACCUCGAUUGGAGAGCUCCCCAAGACAUGACCGCCCAGUUCCUCCAGAAUGAGCUCUCGAACUUGGUCCAAGAGGCCAAAAGGAAAAACUCGGACCUCCGCCAUGCCACCGAGAAAUCGCUCCAAGAUCUCAAAUCCAUAGCACAGUCGGCGGACGUCGCAACAGAGUUGUCGAACCGGCCUAGUUUCCUCUCGCCAUUCCUGAUUGCCUGCGGCACCCGUAAUCCGAAGUUCAGUACCAUUGGCGUUGUCUGUCUACAGCGGUUGAUACUCUCGAAGGCGCUGGCGAAAUCGAGGUUGCGAGAAGUGCUCGAAGCGUUCCGAGAAGCAGCGAAUCUUGGCGUCGAUAUACAACUCAAAAUCCUACAGGCUCUACCGCCGUUGCUACAGAAUUACCCAGAGGAGCUCCAGGGCGCACUGCUCGGCGAGACACUGCUCAUAUGCGCCAUCCUGCAGGGGAGUAAGAUGGGAGUGGUGAAUAAUACCGCUGCGGCAACACUGAGCCAAAUCGUGAUAUCCAUAUUCGACAAAGUGGCUACAGAAGAUGAAAAGGCUUCCGAGGUACCUCCCAUAGGGGAGGCACCAUCGGAAUCUGGCAAUGUGCCGGUCAGACCAGCAGCUUUGGAUGCUUAUCAAGUAUUCAACGAUUUGUGUCUGCUUACGGAAGGGCAUAGACCUAUAGUUUUGCGAUUCCACAACCUCCCACAGCCCUUUGGCCUCGAGAUUAUCGAAUCAGUAUUGACGAACCACCCUGAUAUCUUUUUGUCCCAUCCGGAACAAGCACAUAUACUUCGGACGCGGGUUGCGCCACUGGUUAUGCGCUCACUGUCGGAACGACUGAACUUCCCUACAACAGUGCGGAUAACACGAGUACUGUACAUAUUGCUGCGGCGGCACCUAUCGAUUCUCUCGGAAGAAUGCGAGGUUUCACUAAGCCUGCUCACGCACAUGCUUGAGCCAGACUCCUCACAACCAUGGAAGCGAGCCUUGUGUCUGGAGGUUUUCCGUGGCAUAUGCUCCGAACCAGCCCUAAUGCGAAAGAUAUUUUCUCAGUACGACGCAAAAGAGGGAGGAAAGCCCAUCGUGAGGGAGUUGAUCACCGGAAUGACGCGACUAGCUCACGAAAAGCCCGCUGUCAUUGGGCUGGGUACUCAAUCAUCUGCACCUGCCGGUCAGCAACAGGCCAAAGACGCAUCAUCUGAGCAGGCAGCAUUAGAAGCUGGGGGUGUGGCCGGUAUCAUCGGGGGUGCUGUGGGAUUGGACGUGACGGUCGCAGGACUCAGCGCGCAGUGGAGCAUGGUCAGAGUUCCCUGUAUUGAUCAAUUGGACAAGAGCGAGCCCCCGGCGAUGCCGGAAUCUUAUAUAUAUUGCUUGGCUCUCAUGUGUUUCAAUAGCUUUUCCGACGGACUGGCGCGAUUCGUUUUGCCGCUGGCCACGAAUGAGGGCUCGAAACGACGGGCGAGGCCGCUGUCGGUGUCUGUCCACCGUACUGGGAGCGAUGUCGAAUCCGGUAUAUCGGCCCCGGGGAGACCUGCCACACCGAAUGGUCGAACACCGUCUCCCGCACGACAGUCUCUUAGGCGGAAGGUCACAAUGCGACCGCCCCGUGUUCCCAGCAAUCCUCUCACCCUGGAAUCGCAUCCAUCCUACGACGACAUAGUAGUCUCAAGUGCGCUGGUCGAGGCUUGCUGGCCCGCGCUCCUAGCUGCGUACUCAACGUUUCUGUACGCCACGCUGGACAAUGAACUGUACCACGGGCUGGUCCGAUCGUUCCAGAAGUUCACUCACGUCGCUGGAGUUCUGCGCCUUGUGACCCCGAGAGAUGCGUUCUUGACCACCCUGGGGAAGGCUGCCGUUCCGCCGAAUGUCUUAUCGGCAAAUGUUUCAACUCCUGUGACACCUUCAGCUUCUGCUGCGGAUACUCUCUUCUCUAACGCGAAGGGGCUGCUCGAAGGGUCAACAUCGGGUGGCACGGGUUCCAAUAUGGCAGACCAUCACUCGGCUCCGUCGCUCAAUAACAGGAAUUUACUAUGUCUCAGGGCGUUGUUAAACCUAGGAAUUGCACUGGGGCCCACCUUGGAUACCUCGUGGACUAUAGUCCUCGAGACGUUGCAGCAGGCUGAUUAUGUGCUCUUCGCUUCGUCACGACGGAGUGGGCGACAACUGUCCCUGAGUGGCUCAGCCGUGAGGACCGAGGGGGCAAAGUCCGGAGACAGCACGUUGAUGUCGAAUAUUGGGACCGAGCUGGCCGCAGUAGAAGUUGCGUCAGUCAAGAUGUUUGAGGGCACGCGAGAGUUUCCAGAUGAAGCAUUUGUGUCGAUGCUCUCGGCGCUGUGCAAAUUACUAGCCAUCGAUGAUGACAAGCCCAAUGGGCGACGAUCAACUGAUUCAUCACGGUCUCCUACGCGUGGACCAUCCGGCUCCUCUUCUCACCGGCGAAUCCCCAGUCUCUCUGGUGUAUCCACCGCUUCUCAAGUUAUCGGAGACAAUGCCUUCACGCUGGCAAAAAUGGGCGAACUCGCACAGAUCAAUAUGCUCCGGCUCAUAGGGCCGAACCCAGACAGUUCUGGCUGGAGUCUACUGGUCAAUCAUCUUGUCCGCGUGUCGGGAUCACGGGAAAUGGGGAACAGCGUACGAUUCAAAGCGGCAGAUGUGCUGAACGACAUCGUCGUUGCAGCUGCCAAGUCCAUCACGCCCGAGACGACGGAGAACGUUGGGGAAGUGCAGAGACGCAUACUCGCUGCGCUCAAAGAAGGCGUUGAGCGCGGUCACCAAUCUGGUCAUGCCGACUCCGCAACGAAGUCUACCGAACUCGAGAUACACCGCGCCGGACUGGAGGCGUUGAAUGCCAUCUUGGAGUAUGCGGGACAAAGUCUCGUUUCCGGUUGGGAAAUCGUCUUUGAUAUCAUCACGAGCGUAUUUGAUCAGAGCAUAAUAUGGCGGCGGGAUUCUGCAAUGCCGUCGAUCGUGGAGCCUGAAGCUGGCUCGAAAUCUACCAAGAGUCUGCGCCUGAUCAAGAGCUCGUUUAGCUCUCUCGAGCUCAUAUGCUCCGACUUCCUUGCAAGCCUGCCCACCAGCUGUAUACUAGUCCUCAUAGACGCUCUAUUCGCGUUCUGCAGUCAGAAGGACGAUCUCAACAUCUCGCUCACGACGAUCACCUUCUUCUGGAACGUAUCGGACUUUUUGCAGAGCCGGGGAGACGAGGCGAGCGAGGGCGAGAAACUGACCGCCAAGGCGGAGAGAGAAAAGGAUCUACUAGAUAUCGUCGAGAGAACGGAUGUGGACUCGCAUUCGGCGCUGUGGAUGUUGCUGCUCUUGCGGUUGACAGGCGUCAGUCGAGAUUAUCGCGCAGAAGUAAGAAACGGAUCGAUACAAACGCUAUUCCGCAUCUUCGAUACCUAUGGCCAUCAACUCGGGCCUUCGGGAUGGACAUCAUGUCUCAAGAUUGUAGUGUUCAAGAUGAUGAAUAUCAAUCCCAAGGACCUGGCUAUGGAGUCUGACUCGGGCUCGGACCGGAAGAACUGGGAUGAAACCAUCAAGUUGAUCCUUGGCGGUAUAGGCACGCUCUACUCAAACUACUUUGAAGUGUUCACCCAGCAGGAGAACUUCAGUCAUACUUGGUCCGUGUUUAUUCGCUACCUGGGGAACCUCCUCACACGGCAGUCGUUUGGCGUCAGCACGACCGUGUUUCAAGUUCUUUCGCGGGUGCUGGCCAGAGUCGGACAUCCGGGGAAUCUUGUAGUGGAGUCCAGGGAGGAGGUGUGGACGCUGUGGUCAUCCCAAGGAGUCAAGCUAGUAGAGGGAAUCGAAAACUCAGGUAACGGUAUCCAGGAGACACUGGGAGCAUACAUCCACUCAUACCAGACACUCUACCGGCUCCUCGAGCCCACGCUCACCGCAGAGAAAGUCCACAAGACGCUUGAGAUACUCCGGGACUGCAUCCUCUUCCCUGAUUCGCCACCAUACUUCCAGGACGUGGACAUGGUCACGCCAUUGCAGGCCAGCAUUCUUGAGGUGAUAAAACUCAUACGUACCGACAUCCCGGGCGUCUCCUCGCUGGUUCUCAAACAGCUCUCCGAAUUCAGCACCGUGGCUUUCACAGACAUCCGCGUGGCGAUCAGCGGGAAGGGUAGUCGAGUACCAACAUGCAUCGCGCUCUCAACACAGAGUAUCACCCUGCUUGAGACUGUGGCUGUGAAACACAUAUCCGAUUUGGAGAUCUACACCUCGUCCGCACUUGCUACUGCCCUUGGAGCGCUCGAGAUACCGAUAGGACUGAAGUAUGACUUCGCCCCGGCCAACAUCCCGCGCGGAAAGCGACCCAACCUCUGGACCCACCCCACGCGCGCCGUCCUCGCGAUAAUGAAGAAAGCGCUGCCGGCGAUGGACACCCUCGAUAUCGCCAACGACGUCAGACAGGAGAUCUGGAAGACUAUCGUGAUAGUCGUAGGCUCGGUCCUGCAGGCGAACAACAACGCCCACGUCGAGGAAUCGACACUUCGAACCGAUGAGGAUCUUGAUAUCGAGUCGUUCAGCGAGUUACGCAAGUUGAUUAUUCCGAGUUUGGGAAGAGAGGUAGUACCAGAGGAAACCAUCCAACACUACAUCGCUUCCGUCUUCUGGGGUUCAAUGCUAUAUCGCCUCCCCAGUGCCUCCUACCCAGACGAGGAGUGGCUUAUCCCGCGUCACCAGGGGAGCACAACGGAGCCCACCAUCGAACGACGGAAUAGGAUGGCGUACGUUUGCUUAGACGAGUUAUUCUCCCUUGCGAGCGUGGGUGGGGAUGAUAGCCCGGAGCUGAAGCGCCUGGCGGAGAUGGCGGUACCGUGGUUGAUUCGCCGUGUAGGAUUGGUGCUGGGACGGUACAUUUCUGACCAACCGCUGAGGGGGAGGAUGCCGCAACCUGCAAGGGAGCGGAAGGAGAUGCUGUAUGUGCUGGAGCGCGCGAUAGAGCUGGAUAGUGUCAUUGGCAGUGGGGCGGUAGGAUCGAAACGACAUCUCUUUGCGCUCUUCCCGCUGUUUACGGGGUGCGUGGCCGUUGCCCCAAACGAUCGGGAGCUGCUUGGGCUGUUGGCGACGGCGCUGAAGGAGGUUGGAGGGAGGAUUUGA